GGAAAUUUAUGCUUUCCUGAAAUUGCGAGUUUUUUUUUUCCUCGAUUUUAACAUUUUUCGUACAAAUUUUAAUGAUGAAAACUCUCGUAACGCGACGCAGUUAGAUCCAGUGCAAUUUCCAUAAUCGUGUAGGAUUAACUACAGCAGACUGAGCAUGCGCACAUAAGUCGUUCAAAAGAUGGCGGCAGUUCGAGAGAGCAGCUGGCUGUUUCCGGUCGUCAUUUAAAUGAUGGAUAAAGAAACAUUCUUUUAUUAGAGUCGACGUCAGUCAACAUGAGAUAUGGAAGAAUCUCGUGAAGUUUUAAAAUGCCUUAAAGUCAAUGCAACCCAAACAGAUUAUCAUAAGACUAGAGUCCAAAGAUGAGGUGUGAAAACCUGGAGAGGUGGUCACCUAAACUACAAGCAGAAGAAAAGUGUUCUACAGAAUCACCCAAUAAAUUUACUGGGGAUCCUACCAUUUCUGCUCCUAUAUAUUUUCUAGUAAGAGAACAGGCAAAGUUAAUGGUAACAAUAAAGGAGAUACAUAGGCGAUUGAAGUUAUUAGAAGAAUCACAAAAUAAUGUAACUUCGGCUGUCCAAGCAAUUAAAUUUCAGAUGAAUCUUGCUGAGUGUAACAAUCAUGCUGUAAGUUUGCCAAUAUUAAUGCAUUCUAAAGAUUCAAUUUCUAAUAAUGUGAAAUCUGAAAAAUCAGAAUUACAAAACUCGUUUGUAACUGUGUUUUCAAAUGAAUUGCCGUCCAACAAGAAACAUGAUACUGUAGAAAUAAACAAACAAGAUAGUUAUAACAAUUGUGAGAAAUCUGAGUUUAUGAAAGAUCAUAUAGAUCUAAAAGAGAAUGAAAUAAAAUUUCAAUCAUUAUGUGAAGUAACUGACAAACUCAUUACAGACUGUGAUAAACAAGAUAGUGGUUUGGAAUCUGACCACGGACAAGGAGGCAACCAUCAUACAAAUUCUGGUGGAAUGUUCUCUGAUAUAAAAAGUAAGAAGAAAGAUCAAGAUGAAUUAUUAGUGCUCCUAGAUAUUAUAAAAGAAAAAGGAAUAUCGUUAAGACAGGAAGUAGAUGAUUUAAAGGAAUUAACAAAAUCUGAUAUUGAUCAUAACUCUGUUUCUGUUGGAUCUGAAGUAGAGAAGGAAAUGGAAAGAUUGAAUACAGAAAAAGAAAGCUUGCAACAACUCAUUGGAGAAGUUGAAGAUGAAAAGUCAACUAUGAAAAACAAAUUGUUGUUUUUAGAGACAGCAAGUCAGGAAUUAAAACAAGAAAAUAAAAAACUGAUAGAGAAUUUAGAAUUAGCCUUAUCUGAGAAACAACAAUUAGAAAUGAAAAUCCAUAGUCUUCAUAUGCAAUUUGUAAAGGGAACUAGCACUCCGAAAGCCGAAAGCUGGCCACCAUUGAGGUUUGCAAAUUCAGAAAAAUCAAGAAAGUUGGAAAAAGAUAGUAGUAAUAUCAAGAUUUCACAUAUUCUUAAUGAAACUAAUACAUUAGAAUUGCAAAGAAAAUUACUUUUGUAUCUUAUGGAAAAUGAAGUGUUGUAUGCUAAAUUAUGGCAUGCAGAACAAUCACUCUUAACUCGUACAUCUGAAUGGAAGAAAACUGAAGUUAAUCUGCAUUCUCGUCUUCGUCGUUUGGCUGCAGCAAAAGAUGAACUACAAAUUAAGUUGGGCGAAAAUAAUUUAGAAUUGACUGCAGCUCAAGCAAAAGUAGAAAUGUUAGAAAAAGUUUUAGGAGCAGUUACACAAGAUUCUAGAGAUGAAUUUAAUUUUGGAUAUUCAAAUAGGUCCUCAUUUAAAGAUAUGUAUAGCUUGCCAGUUUUAAGAGAAGGAGCAAAUAAAAAAUUUAACCCUUUUUGUAGAGAAAUUAAGCCAUUUUCUAACCAAAGUACUUUUGUAGAUAUCACUUUAGUUCAUCCAGAAAAAUGCCAAAAAUUAAGCAAUGAUAUAGAUCACUAUGAAUAUAUGGCUGCUAGCACAAUAGAAGCAAAUGAGCCUCGUUCAUCUACUCCCUGCCCUAUAGAAAAUGAAUGGGUAAGUUGCGCUACUAAUUCAACUCUGAUAACAUUUGAAAAUAAUACAAUUACUGACACGUCAACAAGUAAAACAACUGAUAAAGAACUAUCAAUUAUGGAAAGUGAUUAUACUCCAACAUUGAGUCAGCAAUUAUCAAGAAAUGAAGUUCGGACAGAAAAUCAUUCCAAAAGUAGUCUUUCUGAUUUUAGCAAUGGAAAUGAAUCAUCUAUGUGGGAAAGUAUAAGUAACAAAGAGCACACUCCCAUGAUACAUAAUGGCUUCUCAGUUUCAGCUUUAAAUAGCUCUUUAAAUACCAAUGUCAUUAAAACUGUGUGCCAAAAUGACAAUCAGUUUCCUAUCAGCAAUGAGAAGACUAAUGCAAUACAAGCAGCAUCAUUAAAUAUGAAUGGAGAAUAUGAUUUUGGCAUGCAUUUGAAGAAUUCUGCAGACAUUCGUCAACAAAUUCAGGAUAUUUUAGAUCAUAUAACUGGAAUUACAGCAGCUGAUGAAGCACUGGUAUGAUCCAGUGAAGGUAACUUAUUGUAAUGUGCUUACUUUUGCCUUCAAUAUAUCAUUCUUUAUUUUUAAAAAGUAGAGAGUAUCAAAGAUAGAAUUGUAUAAAUUUUAUUUAUUAUGGAAGAAAAAUAUAUAUUGUAUAGGAAAUUUUAUUUAUAAAGUAAUUUCCUGUGUGUUUCUUCUUAUCUACAAUUAUGUCGAGUCAGAUUUUAUUUUGGAAAAAACUGUGAUAAGAUAGAGGUAAGAUUGUUUUUACAUGUGCCUUUUUCUUUUAAAUUACUAUUUUAUAUAUAUUUACAUCAAAGAUGAGCCAUUUAAAAUAUUUUUAUCUGUGUCUUAAUGUGAACUGUCUUGUAUUAAAACCAAAGAGUAUUCUGUGUGCUUGAGUGUGUAAUGUAUAUAAAAAUUAUAUUUUAAGAGUUAAUGAUUCACUUACAAAUAAAGAAAAUUACAAGAAUUUUUUGAAUGGUCAACUUUAUUUCAUCUGCAUACAUGAUGAUAAGACCAUCAUUUAAAUGCAUAAUUUGGCUGAUUAGAUAUCAGCCCAUUAACACUCAGAGCGAUUGAUAUUUUAAAAUUGUUUCAAAGUAAGGUAAACAUCUGGUUA